UCGUUCUCCAUCAGAAACUCUUGCCGUCUUCUGUUUUUUCUUCCUGAAAUUCCCCGAGAGAAAAAAGGUAUCAAAUCGCUCCAACCGAAUUCAAAACCCCACGCGAUGGGAAUGUGAAAUUGCAUGCUUUUUCUCUCCUAUUUCAUUUCUAACCCUCUAAAGUCUACGGAGCGCCAUAAAGGCCAAAACUCGCGCUAGAUUUUCUCUUCAAAGAAUGGCGAUGGCUGUUGAAGGAGGCGGGACCCUGUCCGAGAUUUAUCAGACUGCGAAGAAGCUCUUGCUCAGAGCUCGAGAUGGCGUUGAGAGGCUGGAGCGUCUCGAGAGUUCAACAUCUAGUGGAGGCUUGGACUCCCCUGAGCUCUCCUUCACCGUUAAAAAGGACAUCUCUCAGAUCCAGUCCCUUUGUGCUGAAAUGGAUCGUCUCUGGCGCUUAAUCGCGGGUAAGCCCCAACGUGAUCUCUGGAAAAGAAAAGUAGAACAAGUAGCAGAAGAAGCUGAAUCAUUGAAACAAAGUCUGGAUAGAUACUUCUCAAGGAAUCAAAGACGGAUGAGGGAAGCUCAGGAGAGGGCAGAGUUGCUUGGAAGAGCAAAUGGUGAAUCAUCUCAUGUUUUAAGAAUAUUUGAUGAGGAAGCACAGGCAAUGCAGUCAGUUCAAAAUUCAAAAAGGAUGUUGCAAGAAUCUUUAUCUACAGGAGCAGCCAUCCUUUCCAAAUAUUCAGAGCAAAGGGAACGCUUGAAGAAUGCACAACGCAAAGCUUUGGAUGUUCUCAACACAGUGGGACUCUCCAACUCUGUAUUGAGACUGAUUGAGAGGCGGAAUCGGGUUGACAGAUGGAUCAAAUAUGUGGGAAUGCUCAUAACACUUGCCAUCUUGUAUUUUCUCGUGUCUUGGAAUCGCUGAAGUGCCCUUCGUGAAUUUGUACUGGGCUUCCUGAAAAUAUGAGAUCACAAAGAACUAUUGAAUUUUUUUUUUCCAUACUUCUGUUUCAUGACUUUUAUAGUUUGACUUUAUUCAGAUUCAAUAGAAGAAAAUAUUGAAAUUUUAGUCA